UUAUUUCAUUAGGUUUUCAAAAAUGGUGAUUUUCUAAAUCUAUUUUUUCUUCCUCAUUUAUUGGCUUCAAUUUUUCUAUGAAUAAGAACUUUAUUAGGUUACACAAAAAUAUGAUUUGUACUGGAAAAGCAGAAUAAGUGCUUCAUUUUUUUCCAUUUAUUAUUUUUCAGUCUUAAGAGUUGGUUCCCCAGCAAGUUCCAAUGUAAUCAGUGGCUUUCUUUUAUUUUUAUGAUACCAUGAGCUCUAGAUUUUAAUUUAUUUUGGUCCAUUCAUCAUUCUUUCUGAUUCUCAAAUUUUCCCAUUUUAGACUAAUGGAAGCCCUUAGAAGUGGCUUGUAUGUUCUUUUGAUGUGAUCUCAUUAGUCCUUGGUAACUUCCUGUUUCUGGUAUAAGAUAUUCUAGGCUCAUCUUGUACAUUUCCUGCCCCAAACCUGGAAUCAGUUAUUUUCCUUCCCUACCUUUUAGACAGGAAAUUAGCCAAUGCUCCCACCUUCAGCAUGAUAGAUCUAAGAAUGUUUUUGUUUCCAUGACACACCAAUUCUGCAAUUAGAGAUUCCAAAGAUGGGUAGUAAGGAACCUGUUUCUCUUCCAUACCCAUGGCUGAAAGGUUGUUAAUAAGAGCACUGAAGGGUGGUAAAAACACUAAAGUCGUUAGCUUAAUUGGAAAGAACAUAACAAAGAUGCCCUCAGCAUUAGAAAAACUGCCUGGCCUGAAAACACUGUACCUUCAGAAUAACCAAAUUUCCAAAAUGUGCCCAGAGAUAAGCAACUUGACCAAGUUGACAUCACUAAAUCUGGGAAACAACCUUUUAGAAGAAGUUCCAGAAGAAAUGAAAUAUCUUACAUCCCUGAAGAAGCUUCAUUUGUUUAGAAAUAAGAUACAUAGAUUUGCAUCUGGAGUAUGUGAUGGUUUACAAAGUUUGAUCCAGCUUAAUCUGAACAACAAUCAGCUUACAUGGAUUCCUCGAGAAAUUGGCAGAUUAAAAAAUCUUAGAUGUUUGAGUGUAAAUCAUAACCAGCUAGCCAGCAUUCCUAGAGAACUUUGUUUCCUUGAGAAUCUUUCUGAACUUCAACUUAACUACAAUCAGCUUGUGUGCAUACCCAAAGAAAUUAAGUUCUUGAAGAAGCUCCAGCAGCUUCUUCUGGCCAGGAACAACAUUAAAUCUUUGCCAGAGGGACUUUGUGAUCUUUUCAACCUGAGAAUUCUAGAUGUAGCUGGAAAUGUUAUUCAGAUGUUUCCAACAGGAUUUCAAGAUUUGAAGCUGAGGGAGUUCUACUGUGAGGGAAACCCAUUGGUCCUGAAGCAGCCAGUUAGUGCUAUAAAACGGGAGGACGUCUGGAGUUUACAGGAAAUAACAUCAAGAUUUAUAAUGAAUCAGCUAGCAGAAAAGAAUCCUUUCCUAAUGAAAGCCAUAAAAUGGUACCCACAGGUCAGGAGCAUAAUCUCCCAGGGAAGAAAAUGUGCAAUAUGUGGGAAGUUCUUUUUAACCACAUGGCUGGAAUGUGUUGAGUUUGUUCCUCCAUCAAAGAACUGGAAAAUAAGCAGAAAUCUACAGCUGGUACCUCUUCAAAUAUUAAUUUGUUCUUAUAAAUGUUUUUAUCAACGUAACCCUAACCUCUUUGGAAUUUGUCAGGUUUAGAGCAGGUAAGAAGCUCAUUUAGAGCCUCACAUGACUUACCCAUCAGCGCUGCACACAUAGUCAGAUUAUGCCCAGCUUAUGAUACCUUGCUCUUUGUCAAUACCUUAAGUAAAAGAAGAAAAGAAAGAAAAGGACCAAUUUAAGCACCACAGUCUGCCUUUAGA